CAGCCCAACGCAUGGCUGCGAGGUACCUAUCGGCCAUACAGAAUGGCAUACCCCUUACCAAGUCUAUCCUGAUCAUCUCACGAGUAGUAGUCUUGCACGGGAAACGUGCAUUAUGUUCCCAGCCACACACCAACCCCAGACGAUCCCUCUGGGAGGAAGAGAGGCUACCAUUCUAUAAGCCCCAACAGUUCUAUCCUGUACACGUCGGUGAGAUCCUAAACACACGAUACCAGGUGGUAGGCAAGCUAGGUUACGGCUCUUACUCCACUGUCUGGCUAUGUAGGGACAAAAGUGAAAGCAAAUAUGUAGCCAUCAAAGUGCUCACCAACACCAACUCUCCGCGGGCGCUGUCCGAGAUCAGGAUCUAUGACCAUCUGAGCAGGCUGAAUUCUUCCCACAUCGGAAGUGCCUACGUUCGUGGCUUGUAUGAUACUUUCAGCAUUCCUGGCCCAGACGGUACUCACCAAUGCUUGGUGCAUCCGCCCAUACAUCUGUCGCUGAACGAACUGCGGAUGCUCUCUACGUCCAGACGGCUCAGUGAGCCGCUGCUCAAACAAACCCUGCUUUGCAUCCUACAGGGUCUAGACUUUCUCCACCGAGAGGCCGGGGUGGUCCAUACUGACAUCAGAGCUUCGAAUAUCAUGCUCAGCAUUGACGAUGACUCGAUGCUCAGGGAUUUUGAAAAAGCCGAGCAACAAAAUCCCAGUCCACGGAAGGUGAUAGACGAUAACCGGACAAUCUACACUUCCCGGAAGCUCCGCCUCCCCAAGGACAUCCUAUGGGGACAGCCGGUUCUUUGCGACCUGGGACAGGCCAGGAUCGGCCAUUCUCACAGGGGGAUCAUUCAGCCGGAGAUCUACCGAGCGCCCGAAGUACUAUUCGAUAUGGAUUGGGCCUCAAGUGUUGAUAUUUGGAGUCUUGGUGCGAUGGUGUGGGAUGUUUUCGAAGACAGACAUCUGUUCAACGCGCUCGACGAAGACGGAGAUUUUUCCCCCUCGCAUCAUGUGGCUGAGAUGGUGGCGUAUCUCGGGCUGCCGCCUUUAUCUUUCGUGCGACGGAGCCAGGAGACUCACCAUGUUUUUACAGAUGAUGGUAAAUGGCUGGGUGCGGGAGGGGUCACUGUCCCUGCAACUUCACUGCAUGAGGUAGAGGAGAACCUUACCGGAGAGAAUCAGCAGCUGUUUCUCGAUUUUAUACGGUCGAUGCUGCAGUGGACCCCUGAAAAGAGGAAGACAGCUCAGGAGCUGCUGGACGACCCCUGGCUGAAUUCAGAUCCAUAG